UUUAGCGAAGAUUAUCGGUUCCAAGGAAUUCCUGGGCGACGCCAUCGAAUGAAAAUUCCACAAGAGGCUGAUGACAAAAUGAAUGCGGAUGCAGAAGGCACUGAUUAUGAAAGUCAAGAGGAGCUGGAGGAGAAGACAAGGCUAAUAAACCAAGUUCUGGAGCUGCAGCACGCACUCGAAGAUUUGUCAGCCAGAGUUGAUGCUGUGAAAGAGGAGAACCUGAAACUCAAAUCUGAGAACCAAGUACUUGGUCAGUACAUUGAAAACCUCAUGUCGGCCUCCAGUGUCUUUCAAACCACAGACUCGAAGAACAAGAGAAAGUAAGGAGCUCAUGCCACUGAUACCAGUCAGCUUUAUAUCUCGACAGACCAACCAAAAGCUCCAAGAAGACAGACAAAUAAUAAUAACAUUAAUAAUGGUAAAGAGGACUGGGAGUCGAGACUGUCUAGUAUUAAGAGUGUAACCCUGUUAGAACCAGUAGCUUAUUGUC